CCCCAAGGCACCCAAGCACACCGUUGAACGUUCGCGUGUCACUCGCGUGUCGGCAAAUGUGCAUGAUGAGCCACGGUCCAGUGGCUCAGCAUGGAAGAAGAGACCUUUGACGUGGACGAGGAAGCCUGCGGUGACGAGGCUCGGCUGCGUGCAUUGAAGGAGCAAUCGCCUUCUCACGUAAACUCCCUCAGUGCCCGACGGGCCACCGAGGGCUUUGGCAACUCUCCAUCAAGCGCCAGUGUGAGUGUGGUACAACAACCAGUCCUUACAUCGGCCAGUGGUGAGAACGUCUUUCGGGAAGAGCGAUGGCUAACGUCCCAAGGCUCCCUGCAGAAGAUCUUCUCUCCACCCUUUUCAAGGCGUGCGGACAAUGAGCGUCAGCAUGGGAAGGUGGUGGUCUCACCCAGCGUCAAGAAUUCCAAGCUCUCAGAGCAGGUGGCGAAGUUCCCUCAGGUGGCGCUCUCGACAUCUCCCAAGGAAAUUGAAGAAGCUGAUCUUCUCUUUGUCCCGGAUGACGAUCAGGAGUGGCAACGCCCCCGGCGCCCCCCCGGGUCUGGGGGAGGACCCUCCAAGCAGUUG